AUGGAUGAGAGCUUUGCAAGGAAAGAUGUGAUCUCCCUGAACGCUGCUAUCUCGUCCUGCGAGGGUCCUGGGCGAUGGCAGCUGGCCGAAGCUUUACUCCGAGAGCUCCCAGGGCAGCAGCUGCACGCGACGGUUGUCACUUACAGCGCCGUCAUCUCGGCUCUUGCAAAGGCAGGGCUCUGGCAGCGUGCGAAGUCUUUGCUGACAGAGAUGCGCUCGCUGCAAUUCGCAGGAAACGAGGUUACCUAUGCUGCUGCCAUCGGCGCCUGUCAACUCGGAGGCGAAUGGGAGCAGGCUCUGAGCUUCCUCGAUGAGCUCUCUCAGCGCCAGCGGCCCGAUCGCACGGUCUACAACGCCGUUCUUAGCGUCAUCUCCACUGCAGCGCUUUGGCAGCGGGCUGUGGGAAUGCUGGGAGAGUUCCAGGACGCCAACCUCGCUGUAGACAUCUUUUCCUACAGCACGGCUAUCAGUGCUUGUGAGAAGCGUCAAGAGUGGGAAGUUGCUCUCGACCUCUUUCGGGAGGCCGAAGCAUCUUCUCUCCAGUGCAACACCAUCACCUACAAUUCUCUCCUAAGCGCCUUGGAGAAAGGUGAGCAAUGGGAGAAGGCUCUCGUGUUUCUCCAGCAGCUGCUUGCCGGGCUUGUGGAGGCCACCGUCAUCACCUACAGUGCAGUCAUCAGUGCCUGUGAGAAGGGGCAGCAGUGGCAGCAGGCAAUGCAGCUGUUGAUGACCAUGGCCGCCGUCAGCCUCACCCCGAAUGUCGUGACGUACACGGCCGCCAUUGCGGCCUGCAGCGCUGCGCGCCGAUGGGAGCUGGCGUUGAAUGUCCUGGGCCAAAUGCAGAGUGAGGGCCUCCGAGGCAACUUCAUGACUUAUGACGUGGCACUCUACGCCUGCGAUGUGGGAGGGCUCUGGAUGCAGACCUUGCUGCUGUUGGCAGAUCUGGCGAAAGGCUCUUGCGAAGUGCUCGUUGAGCGCCAGAUAUCCGCCCAGGGAUAA